CGUGUGUAAUUUUUCGCGAUACAAAGACAAACACUACAGACACUUAAUCAAUCAAUCGAUGGUGGUUGCGUCCAUUCGUCUUCUUCCUUCUCCAUUCCUCGCUUUCGCUCCUCGUCGCUCUCCAUAUUCAUGGCGCCCUCGUCCCUCUUCCGUCACCGCCUUCUCUUCCGUCCACUCCACGGCUUCUAAGGGAGACGGCGGAGUGGAACUAGGUGGUGAUCAAAGACAAGCAGAAGUUGUUUUUUUGGGGACUGGAACCAGUGAAGGGGUUCCUCGUUUUAGUUGCUUGACUAACCCUUUAAAUGAAUGUGAGGUGUGUUUAAAAGCUGCCCAACCGGGUAAUAAGAAUAGGAGACUUAGCACAAGCAUUCUCAUUCGUCACCCCAAUUCUUCAGGAACACAGAAUAUUCUUAUAGAUGCUGGAAACUAUGUUUUUAAUUGUCCUAUGUGAUAUGCACUGCAAUUGUGUUGGCUUAGGAGUUAGGAGGACAGGAUUUAUCUUUCUUUCAUUUUGAAUGUUAGUCUAUAUCUGCGAUCUAAUGGAUGUUCUAGGUUGGCCCCUUAUUGUACUUUCUUUUCUUUUUUGAGCUUGUAAAAAAUCUGCUGGAACAUGGAAAAAUUAAUACUUAGCAAUUUUAGAUUUCCUUUACAAUGUUUAUAUAAUUGGUAUUGUAUUUAUAUACUGAAGCCCAAAAUUGACCCAUUAACAAUUGAAGGACUGUACACCUUCAAUAAUGACUUGAAGUGCUGAACUGGUGGCCUGUAUGUAGUAGGCAUCUUGAUCAUGAUAGAAUGGAUUGUGGGUGUCAAUGAGUAUUUUCUUGUUUCUCUCAAAGACAGUCUUGUAUAUGUGGACUGGAUUCUAAGUCUGCGUUGCCCCGUCAUGGGAUGAUAUAUGUUGUGGUAGGAUAAUGUGAUAUCUGAACCAUGAAUACGUUGUAGAUUUUUAUUAU